UUAGACGUCCUGGCACCCAGUAUCGAACUACUGUGGUGUAGGAACUACUUAUAUAAAUCAYGUUCGAAGGAGCAGACCCAUCCAUCGUCGCGGUGCUGUAGCUUCAGGUUUUUGAGAAAAGGUCAUCCACGAUGAACAAUACGACAAGAGUGCUGUACAGAAACUCCGUAAGGGCUAAUCCACUAUUGACAGAUGAAGUGACCAUGUACAUCUACGUGGUGACGCUGAUACUGGGAACCAUUGGCAACUCACUUGUCUURUUCUCAUUGUUGUCAAGAAGAAGACGAAGGCGAAUGUCAGCAAAUGAUAUUUUUAUUCUCAACCUUACCGUUGCUGAUUUGAUGGUGCUGUUMAUUUUUAUCCCAUAUGCGUUGUACAUUCGUUGGGUGCCUUUUCGUUCAACAGAGUUUGUAUGCAAGUUUACCGCUCCUCUAAUAACAAUCGCUCUAGGAGGAAUGAUCUACACUCUAACUGCAAUGGCUGUCCAUCGCUGUUUGGUUAUAACAAGGCCAUUUCGUCAGGAGUGCUCAAUCAGAUGUGCCGCAGUCGUAGUUGUAGUGAUCUGGCUUGCAAGCAUAAGCCUAUCCAUUCCAAAGAUAACAGCAACAACGUCGGUAACUCGUCCAGAUGGUAURAGGUUGUGUCGCUCGAUUUGGAAGCCAAUUUCCCGUAAAAGGUCCUACACCGCCUCCUUGUUCGUUCUACGAUUCGCUAUCCCAUUUUGUAUCAUACUCAUAUCCUACGUUCGGAUAGCAAUUGCCCUACUCAAGACACAAGCACCGCGCUUCGCAACAGAUAGCAGUGGAAAUAUCCGUAAUGUAACGAAUAAACAUGAAAACAUGGAAGUCAUCAAAACAUUGUUCACGAUAAGUUUUCUUUUCUUCAUCUUGUUGCUGCCAUUUCGAAUUACCAAACUGAUGCUAGAAUUUGGGUAUCAAAAUGAUGUAACAUUGAGAAACAUUUAUCGUUUAACCGCCACACUCACUAUCGCUCAUUGCUGUGUCAACCCUAUCAUUUACGGAGCCUUCAUGAGAAAGUUUAGUAAUGAUUACAAGAGGUUCUUUGUACAUUUAUUUUGCUGUAAAUUUUGUCGGAAAAACAGUUAUGAAGAACACGGCGAGAGACUAGAACUUGAUGAAGGAGGACUUACGUCCGACAAUUGGAGGAAAACACUUUCAACUACUCAUGAAUAGAAACAGAUAAAAGGCUUAAGACGUUUAAGACUAAAUUAACUCUUGUUUCAUAACUAGUCAAAGAAUUUAGAAAGUUAACAUUAAUAUGUGAAAUGUUCUGAUCAUACAUAGGUCACCCAUGUACUAUAGUAGAUAGUAUAGUAGAGUUUGCAUGAUAGUUAAUUAUGAAAUCUUCAUAUUUAGAAUAUUCGUGGUUUUCAAUAAGACAAUUUAUUCAAAAGAACAAAUACAAAUAAACAGAUUUUACAAUUACUCUUAAAUGAAUAAUUGAAAAGUUGUMAAAAUAUAUGUACUUGAAUUUAUUUACUUCUCACCAAACCAAGAUUCGAUUGAAACUAUGAUAAAGGUUAACACUCUAUCCAAUUUUAUCUGGUGAUGAAGUUAUUUUGAUGAUCAGGACAAACUGUCAGGACAACAGCUGCUCAGGGGUCGGAAACGAAGAAUUAUACCAACCUCCAUUUUGACAAUUAGUGUUUGUCCACAAGAAAAAGAAAUUUGAAUAAGUAAUUACGAUAUCCAAAAUCAAUUAAGUUUAUGUUUGCCUAAAAUCUGUUUGUUGACAUUACAAAUCUCAUCCUUAUAUGUAUUCAACUAAUAUUUUAAAUCAUUUGUAAAGAACAUAGAGCAUUGUUUCCUUGUUUGCUUGCGAAAUGCCAAUGAAAAUCGUUAUUGUCCGAUGGGUUACACCUGUUAUCUGGUGUAUAUUGGUAACAUAAUUAAUGUGGUUUAUUUUCAAUUGGCGUCACGAAAGCCUCAAGUUUUUAUGUUAAGCUGAUUUUCUUUUAGCAUUUUAAACUUCAGAAAAAGGAAAGAGGAAGAACGAAUGAAUGAAUGAAUGAAAGUAGAGUGAAUGGGAGAAUAGUGGACGGACGUUUAUAUAACAAGAUAUGAAAAUCCUAAAAAGCCAUAAAAUYAAAAAAAUGAGAAAAAGAGAAACGAACAUGUUGAAGAUGUUCAUAUUUCCUUAAAGUAGAUUUAUGAAAAAACUAUUAUUCCUGGUAGAAUUAAAAAGAAAAAUAUAAAUGAACAAACAAAAAAUAGAUAAAGGGACUGAAUACAAAAUGGCGGACCAAUGUUUUGAACUGAAUAACUACUCUAAUUCAUGCAAAAAACCUUUGCAUUAAAAACGGUAACCUGAUCACUCAAUAAUAUAACAUUAUCUUUCUAUUGUUAUUGUCAAUUGG